UCAAAAGCACAAUACAAUACUUGCAGAGACACAUCUUCCUCUUUAGGAUUCUUCUUCUUCUUCCCAGACAAACAUCACUCCUUCACAUCAUUCCUCUCUCUCUCUCUCUCUCUUUACUCUCUCUCUACAACCACUUUUACCUCCAUUUCUCACACACAUUCCUCUUCACUCUUGUCUCCAACUGUAAAACGUAUAAUUGGAAGAAUGACAAAAGUAAGCCCUGAGGUUUUUGAUGAGAUGCAAAUGCAAGCUGUUCUGUCGGUAUCGGUAGAUGUGAGUUUCAAAUCAAAUAAAUUCCCGAAGUAUAAAUUAGGACCCGAUAACCAGAUUCUCGACGAAGCAGCUGUGGAUGAUCCGGGCCCACCUUUAAAAGACAUUGUGGCCCAGGAAACCGCAGCGUUAUCCGAUCAACAUAAACGUCUAUCGGUUCGUGAUCUCGCUAGUAAGUUUGACAAGAAUCUGUCUGCUGCAGCUAAGCUGUCCGAUGAGGCUAAACUCAAAGAGGUGGCUUCAUUAGAGGGUCAUGUACUUUUAAAGAAACUUAGAGAUGCUUUGGAAUAUUUAAGAAGAAGAUUAGUUGGUCGAAAUAAGGAAGACGUUGAAAAAGCUAUCUCUAUGGUGGAAGCAUUGGCGGUAAAGUUGACUCAAAACGAAGGGGAGUUGAUACAAGAAAAGUCCGAAGUGAAGAAACUUGCAAACUUUCUCAAACAGGCUUCCGAAGAUGCUAAAAAACUUGUAAACCAAGAAAGAUCUUUCGCUUGUGCAGAAAUCGAAAGUGCGAAAGCAGUAGUGAGAAGAAUCGGGGAGGCUCUCGAUGAGCAAGAAAGGAUGUCAUUAACCUCAGGAAAGCAGGAAAUUGAGGAGAUGGUGGAGGAAAUCCAGCAGGCUAGAAGAAUUCGGUUAUUGCAUUCCCCCUGCAAGGUGAUGGAUAUGGAACACGAGCUUCGAGCGUUGAGGCUACAAAUCCAAGAGAAAUCUGCAUUCUCCGUAAAACUUCAGCAAGAGCUAUUGCUGAAGAAACUGGUUGAGGAAAACAAGUUAAGCUUAUAUGCUCUAGAAGGUUCCGUAAGUUUGGGCUCAAUUUUACGACUUCAACCGUGUUCAGAAGAAGCUACGGAGCUCUCAAAAUGUUCAAUUCAGUGGUACCGUUUAUCGUCACAAUGUAGUAGACGGGAGCUUAUUUCAGGUGCGAACAAAUCAGUUUAUGCACCCGAGCCGUAUGAUGUUGGGCGGAUUUUGCAAGUUGAUAUUAUAUCAAACGGCCAAAAGUCAACUGUGACGGCAGAUUGUCCGAUACAGCCCGCUGUUGGAUUAGAGAGUUAUGUGGAGACACUUUCUCGAAAAGGAAAUUCUGAAUUCAGUGUGGUUAUCUCUCAGAUGAACGGUCGAAAUUACACGACACAUUCUGCUCAUUUAUUACGUAUUGGAAAAAUGAGAAUGAAGCUUUCAAAAGGAUGGAUUACAAAGGCUAGAGAUGCUUAUUCCUCUACAUCAAUGCAGCUAUGUGGAUUUAGAGGUGGCGGGAAUCUUGCGGCUAAAUCAUUAUUUUGGCAAUCAAGAAAAGGGCAAUCUUUUGUAUUAGUUUUUGAAUCAGAACGAGAAAGAAAUGCAGCCGUUGUUCUAGCCCGAAGAUACGCGCUUGAUUGCAAUGUGGUGCUAGCUGGGCCGGAUGAUCAAGCAUCACUUUAUCUUCUUUAAUUUUACUAAUGACCAAGUUUCCAAAGUGGGAUUUGAUUUUUUCAAUUCUAAUUUUUAUUUUUUAUUUUUUGUAUUUUGUGUUUUUAUUUUCCGGGUGUGUUUUUUUUUUUUUUUUCUACUAAUUUGAUGAUUUUGUGCAUCCUUUUUAGGCAUAGUUUUGGUUUGCCUGUCAAUUGGUUGUAACGUUGUAUACCGAGUUUUAUUAAUUUCGCAUUUCUGAUAUAACAAACAAGGAAGGAACUCUUGGAUUGAAGCUGCUUUUAUCUUGUUGAAAUAUAUUAGAGUUUCCAUU